AUGCUGCUGUGCCGCAUCCUGUCCCUGGAGCAGCCAGCCUGGCGCAGUCCUUCCCAGUGCUGCACAGGAAGGACUGGGAAGCUGCAGGGGCGCAAACACCAACCUUUGUCCCACGUGGACCUGGUUUUCCGGGAGCGUGGCACAUCCCUACGGCUCAUUGCAACCCGCUGGAUCCAGGUCAGGAUCAAAGCGACGCUGGAAGAAGAAACUUUGUCCUUUAUCAAAGAGAGCCUUGAGAAGAGUGACCAGCUCACAAAGAACAUGGUUUCUAUCCUCUCCUCCUUUGAAAGUCGUUUGAUGAAGCUGGAGAACUCGAUCAUCCCCGUCCAUAAACAAACAGAGAACCUGCAGCGCUUGCAGGAAAACGUGGAGAAGACCCUGUCCUGCUUGGAUCAUGUCAUCAGUUACUACCAUGUGGCGAAGGAUACAGAGAAGAUCAUAAAGGAAGGUCCCACUGGGAGGCUGGAGGAAUACUUGAAUUGCAUGGACAAAAUCCAGAAGGCGGUGGAAUACUUCCAGGACAACAAUCCAGACAGCCCAGAGCUGAACCGUGUGAAAUCCCUCUUUGAGCGGGGCAAGGAGUCCCUGGAAUCAGAGUUUCGCAGCUUGAUGACGCGACACACCAAGCCGGUCCCACCCAUCCUCAUCCUGGACCUGAUCAGUGGGGACGAUGAAAUGGAGACGCAGGAGGAGAUGUCUCUGGAGCACCUCCCGGAGAGUGUCCUGCAUGAUAUCAUCCGCAUUUCUGGCUGGCUGGUGGAAAACGGCAGGAAUCAAGAUUUCAUGACUGUUUACUUCCAAAUCCGCUCUGUCCAGCUCGACCGCUCCAUCAAGGGGCUGAAAGACCAUUUCCGUAAGAACAGCUCCUCCUCGGGGGUGCCGUAUUCCCCUGCCAUUCAGAACAAAAGGAAGGACACCCCCACCAAGAAGCCAAUCAAGAGACCGGUCCUCAUCCCAGGCACGAUCCGUAAGGCUCAGAACCUUCUGAAACAGUACUCUCAGCAUGGUCUAGAUGGGAAAAAGGGGGCCUCUAACCUCAUUCCUAUGGAAGGUCAUGAGCAUGAUUUACGAGUUAAACACCUUUCCGAUACCCUGAGUGACAAGCAUGGUCCGGCUGCUGGGAGGGAUGACGUCUUCGACAUCGAGAUUGACGCGUACAUUCACUGCGUUAGUGCCUUUGUCAAACUGGCCCAGAGCGAAUACCAGCUCCUGACAGAAAUCGUCCCAGAGCACCACCAGAAGAAGACCUUUGAUUCUCUCAUCCAGGAGUCCUUAGAUAACUUGAUCGUGGAGGGGGAUAACAUUGUCUCAGCUGCACGGAAAGCCAUCAUCCGACAUGACUAUUCAGCUGUGCUCACAAUCUUCCCCAUCCUUAAGCAUCUCAAGCAGAUGAAGCCAGAAUUUGACCAGGUCUUGCAGGGAACUGCAGCAGGCACUAAGAACAAACUGCCAGGGCUGAUCACUUCCAUGGAGACCACUGGUGCGAAGGCACUGGAAGAGUUUGCAGACAACAUUAAGAAUGAUCCAGACAAGGAAUAUAACAUGCCAAAAGAUGGAACAGUUCAUGAACUCACCAGCAAUGCCAUCCUUUUUCUACAGCAAUUGUUGGAUUUCCAGGAGACAGCGGGUGCCAUGCUGGCAUCGCAAGUUCUUGGGGACACAUACAAUAUUCCUUUAGAUCCCAGAGAGACCAGCUCUUCAGCUAGUAGCUACAGUUCAGAGCUGCCCCAUUGUUGGGGCUGUGCUGUUCACUCUGCUGUGGGCUCACAGCAACAGUACAGAGUGCUCGGUUUGGAUUGCAAAGUGCUGGGCAACUUGCAGCUUAACCUUCUUAGUAAAUCCAAGGUUUAUGAAGACCCAGCUUUGAGUGCCAUUUUUCUGCACAACAACUACAACUACAUUCUGAAAUCUCUGGAAAAGUCUGAGCUGAUCCAGUUGGUAGCAGUGACGCAGAAGACAGCUGAGAGGUCUUACCGGGAGCUCAUUGAACAGCAGAUCCAGACCUACCAGCGCAGCUGGUUGAAGGUGAUGGAUUACAUCUUGGAUAGAAACCUGCCAGUCUUUCAGCCAGGAGUGAAGCUCAAGGAUAAGGAGAGGCAGAUGAUAAAGGAGCGCUUUAAGGGUUUUAAUGACGGGCUGGAGGAGCUAUGUAAGAUCCAGAAGGCCUGGGCAAUCCCAGAUGUGGAGCAACGUGACAAAAUCCGCCGGGCACAGAAAACCAUUGUGAAAGACACCUAUGGUGCCUUCUUGAGCAGAUAUGGCAACGUGCCCUUCACCAAGAACCCUGAGAAGUACAUCAAAUACCAGGUCGACCAGGUGGGGGAGAUGAUCGAGAAGCUCUUUGACACAUCGGCAUAAAUCUCCAGCUGUUGUGUACUCUGCAGCUGCCAAGUACAAGUCGGCACUCCCUGGGCAACCUUGGGACUCCCUUCCCUUCUCCCCUGCCCCAUUGUGGUGGGCAGGGUGUUAUACUUGUAUUUAUCAGAUUUAUAAACCUGUGGAAACACUA